CAAGGGUAUAAUAAUUAUACAGUGGGAUUUCUUUCAAAACAGAACAGUUCUUAAAAAAAAUGCAUAUGAAAAUUGUUUUUUAUAAUGCUAAUCUUAUAAGGGGGUCAAUUUGAAACUAGCUAAACUAUAUUUCUAUGAAUAAAUUAUUAGACUUGUUUUAAUACCAAACAAAAAAGAGUGGAUAUUGUGGGUUUGGUACAUAUUCCAUAAUGGUCUUUUGGAUUAUGUAAUCCCAUAGAAUGUAUCUUUUCACGUCAUACUUUCUCUUUCCCUCCUCCCCAACUACACGAACUAAGCUCCUUCGCUUGAGUUAGAGGGUUUAAUGUUUUGAUUAAAAUGGCGGGCGGAAUUGACAUGAGAAUGCACAAACCGCAUCAUCAGUGGUUAGAGAGAGUUGAAAGAAAAGUUUUCAACGUUUUUGAGUCAUUGCGAGCCGUUUAUCUCGAUAUAUUGGAAGGAUCAUCAUUAAUCUCAAACUUAGAAGAACCAAAUUACUGUCAAAAUUGUAAAAGAGAGAACAAAGAAGAAAUUGCAAAAUCAAGUUGCCUGGAUGAUGAUUUUCAAGAAAGGUGUUUAGCAAAAUAUAAUUCCGAACUUGAAUUUUGGAAAAAGAGGUUGCUGAAACGGAAGGAUGAAUACAAGCUUCCUGAAAGCGCAACGAAUCAUCGAAAGGAGAACUCUAGUAAGGAAGCCCAUAUUGACCUUGAUCAAAAUGAAAGAAUAGGAAAAGCAGAUUGCACGAACCCAGGUCCAGUGAUCCAUGGUGAUAAAAAUGCCAUUGAAAGUAUUAAAAUAUAUGAUAAUGAAGUUUAUCCGAAAAAAGAUAGUAAUACGAUGGGGUUAAGAACAGAAAAAGAAAUCAAGGCAUCAGACAAAUAUGAUGCAUCAAAUGAAUUACAAAUAGGUAACGAUGAAACAGCAAGUAUUGAUGAAAAAAUAAUCGACAUAACUAAAAAUGAAGAUAGUGAAAGGUUUUGUCUGGAUGACGGAGUACCAAAUAAAAAGGAAGAAGACCCUUCUUGGAAGCGCGCUUUCAGGAACUUGAAAUCAAAACAAAGCUCUAAAGUCAAAUACCAGGAAUGUAGUAAAAAUCAUGCUAACACUUCAAUAAAUGACUUUUUUAAACCAAAGCAAAUUGCCCCGAUUCGGAAUAUUCAUUCUCGGCGGUCGAAAAGACAGGUAUCAGAAGACAGUUCAUUGAAGUUACCAGAUAAGAAGAGAACAAAAGAGACUGAGAAGGGUACACAUAGCUCGCUGUUAGAAGAAAAAAGAAUUGAUAUGCAAGACAAGGAUAUUGACAAGACGGAUUCCCUGAAGAAAACCAAGCCUGUCUAUCACCGCGAUAUUAGCAGUGAAACUGAUGAAGCUGGUGGUUUAGGCCUAGCUAAAACUAAAGUCUGCAGCACUAAUGAUCAUUGCGGCUCUUUAAAGAGAGAUCCUUGCAAAAGCCUGCGGAUUGCCUUUGAUACAGGAGAUAUUGACACUAGUUUAGAUGAUACUCAUUUUCUUCCUACUCAAGCUAAAAGCUUAGAACAGAAACAUAGAAACAUAGGAAAAGAGACAGGAUCGGUUGUUUCUGAUACAGAUGUUACAAGAUGGGGUGUGCAAGAGAAUCUUGGCCUGCCAUCUUUCGCCAGCACCCCUAUGUUGCAAGAUAGACAUUUUCAAAGAGCGUAUCAGAACGGGAACGACUUCGACGAAACAAUGUGGUCAGCUCCACAAAGCCCAUCGGUUGUGCCACCAGUGUUUUCAACCCCUGAAAAGCCCAUUGGCAAUGGAAUACCAUCUUCUGACGUCAAGGAGUCCAAACCGAAGGAGACAAAGGGUGAUGUUAAUGCUGGGAAAACUCCACUACCAAUAGAUACAUUUCAAAGCCACGGGCAUGGGACUGAAGUAUCAUACGAUUCGCAUCACAGGAGCAAGCGUUAUGACUUGACAUGCAAGACUUCUGAUGCAGAUCUCAGUUGUGAUAUGUUUCAUGGCAGCACUCUGGAUAGCGAAAGCAAUCCAAAAGAUGAUGAAUCUAAGGAAGAGCUUUUAACGAAGAAUGAGGACUUUGUAGAAAAGAAAAUGACUAAGAAGCAGAGCUUGAGAAAAGACGUGGAAAAUGAAGAUUAUUUUAACAGGUUUAAAAAAAUGGCGAACCCAGAUAUAGACUACAAAUACAAUGUGGUUGUUCGGAAGAGAGAAGAAAGAGACAAGUUGGAUGGAUUUGAGUGUCGGGAAUGUGCAGCUUGGUAUAAAGACGAACUAGAUAACGAGGAAAAGAGAAAGCACUUGAAAUUGGUUUGUCGUCAUAAAGCAGUUUCGGCACCGCCUCCAUCUACUCCGGAUGGCUUUUGGUCAUUAGAUAUUCCUGCUACACAAGAAUACAUUGAGAAAGGCCAUAUGUACGAUGAAAAUGAUCCUUUACCUGUGCAUGCAAUGCCGAAAGAGAGAAGGAACAUGCUGCAGGGUAAAAAGAAACUUGCGAAAAGAUCAAUAGCAGAAAAAUUCUGAUCAGAGAAGAAGAAAAUCGAUAUCGCAAGCCAAUGUGCCGUCCAUGAUGUGUCUUGUGAGAACAGAUGAUUCGGACAUUGUCGCAAAGUAAAAGCAAGCAGACAUUGUUCCUGGAUCUUUGAAGUGAGAAAACUUCGAAUCUGAUUCUUUUUUAAAUACCAUCUGUCUUGUGAUAGUCUCAAAGUUCCAUAGAAAAACUACCAAUCUUUUAUUAAUACUUGUAAUUGAUGUUUACUCUUAUACACUGCUCUCUGUUGAUGGUGAAAAAAGUUGGGGUAUACAUUGACUUGUUGUUGGUUGUAGAGAUCUAGGAUAAAAUUUUCUACAGCUUUCUUUGUUACUCAAAACGAAUAAACGGACACAGAACCAUAAAAAGUUCUAAAAUCAUUUUACAACUUUUGCUGAAAUUACCACUAACUCUAAUUUUUAUCAUGUUGCUAAAAAUUAUAAAUAUUAUUUUGUAAUUGAGCUAGUCGCUUUAAAAUAAUGAUUUAAUCAUUGUUAGAACCUGUUUUAAACAAGCACUAUUUUGAUAAAAUGUGUAA